GGGGAGUCGGGGGCGGGCGGGGGCGCGGGCGGCCGGCAGGAGCAGCCCGGUCGCGCACAUUGAUCGGCACCCGGUCCGGUCGGUUCGUCGGAAGUCGUCGGCGCCGACGGCGAGCCCGACGGCGGCGACGCGGCCGAGUGGGGACCUGAGCGGCGUCCCGGCUGUCGUUCAGUUCCCGGGAUGAUCGGCUCGUCAGGUGUUGGUCAGUUGCAGUCGCCUGGUGACACAGAGGCAGAUCGAUAAGGAGGCUGAACGCGGGGAGACGUCGACACCGGGUUCCGUGUGAGGCGUCGGGGCGGAGGAGAAGCGGUGCGCGCGGCGGACUGACGAUACCAGCAACAAGUGGACGAUCGUGGGAGCUGCACCGGGGGCUGCUGACGCUGCCAGCUCGUCCAGGUGCUGCCUGUGCUAGCGGAGCUGAAGAGCGUGACGAGGCUGGACAACGUGAGCAGCGGUGUCUGCCUCGCUGUGAUAGAUAGCUGUGAUCGAGUCGGUCAAUGAUCGACGCUCGCCCCACCAUGGCUGAGGCCUUGGCUGAAGAGCCCGACUACAACAUAUUCGAGAACAAGACGGGGCUGGCUGAGGACCUCAAGUUUCUGGCGAGUAUGCCGGAGCUGUGUGAUGUGACGUUUCUGGUCGGCGACACUCGGGAGCCCGUCUGCGCCGUCCGCGCCGUCCUGGCCUCCCGCAGCAGAGUAUUUCACAAGAUGUUUUACUCGUCGUCAUCACCUCAGAGGAAGAAAGAUCAGCCUCAGAAGGAGAAUAAGCUCAGGUUAUUUCUGAAAAGAAGCAGCGAGCCACUCCUCAACAUUCAAAAUCCGACAGAAAAGCGUCAUGGCUUCUCACAACAGCUGGCUACUAUCCCCGAGCCGAACCAGAGUCAGCAUCAGACGCUCAUCAUUGAGGAGUUUGAGCCAGACGUGUUCCGUCAGCUCAUCGAGUACGUUCACACGGGCUGCGUGACGCUGCAGCCGCGCACUCUGCUCGGUCUAAUGAACGCCGCCGACUAUUACGGACUGGACGAGCUGCGUCGUGCCUGCGCCGGCUUCGUCCAGUGUUGCAUCAACGUGGACACCGUGUGCGCCCUGCUGGCCUCCGCAGAGCGAUACAUACAGUACAAAUGCACCAAGUCCAUGGUUCAGAAGGUGCUCGAGUUUGUCGACAUGCACGGUAACGAGGUGCUCAGUUUGGGCUCGUUCACACUGCUGCCUCAGCACGUGGUCAGGCUGAUCCUCGUGCGAGAGCUGAACGCAGACGAGCUCACCAAGUUCCAGGCGGCUCUGAUGUGGUCCAAGAAGUAUUGCGACAACUCGAACCUGGACCUGGGUGAGGUCAUCUCCACCUUCCUCGAGUACAUCCAGUUCCACAAGGUGCCGGCCACGAUCCUGAUGAAGGACAUCCGCCCGCUGGGCAUCGUGCCCGACCACAUCAUCAUGAACGCGUUGGCCUACCAGGCCGACCCGAGCAGCGUCGAGCCGUGCAGUUCGCGGCUCUCGCCCAAACGGGCGCGGCGCCUGCCCGUGCAGAGCUCACUGGACCCGUACGGCAGCAGCACCACCCUCUCGUCCAGCACGUCCAGCGACAUCAACAGCGACCGGCACAGCUCGGACGGCAAGCACAGCUCCGAGGGCGGCUACACGGGCUCGCCGCUCGGCAGGAUAUCCUGAACGAAGCUGUCCCGAGGCGACAAGUAUCAGUUAUAGAAGGCUGGUGUACUCUGACGACCGAGACUCGAGUGGCUAUACUGCAGAUCAUAUCAGUUUGUGGCUGCAUCCAAGUAAUGUUGGUGGGGAGUUUGGGUGGAUUCAAAUGAAAAGAAGUUGAAAACCGUUAACCAAGAGAUACCUUUUCACGCAAUUAAAAGGCAGGGUGCAGAUAAAUGUUUUUGAAAGGGGUUGGUCGGGUUACUCAGGAUGGAGACAGACCUUGCAGAUGGACGCGCAGCUCCGUCAGUACAGGGUGAAAACGUCUCAGCUCCUGCUGAAACAGUCGGAUGAUCAUGUAGGUAGGUACGGACGUUCUGCAGUCUUGCAACUCCUCAAAUGUGUAUUUCGUUGCGUCCUGAACCCUGACUGCGGUCCAAAUCUCCCGAAGGUGUGUCACCAACCAUCACUUGAUUGCCACCCGCGAUGUUGUCGACUGUCGUCACAAGUGUUGCACCUUCAUGAUGAAAAAAUGACACGUUUUUAGAGUGAAAGUGCGGAGUCCGUAGGAAUGUUAUGUACCUAUUACCGUAUAUUUGGGGUCAAAUUAGCCCUGGAUGCAAUUUUCUCCAGUUUGUAUCCGACUGCGCUCAGAUUGUGUGACUUUGUUUUGAAUUGAACCGGAAUGAGUAACACUUGCCUGAGUAUCUAUACCUAUGGUCUAUGUAGCUUGUCUUUGAAACAUUCCAUGCAUACCUAUAUCUUUGAUCUUUUACACUCUGCAAUGGAUGUUUUGUAUCCAUCAGCACUGGGAAGGGAAACUCGUCAUUUAACGAUAUUCACCGCCUGUCAAAAAUAUACUUCUUAAAAGUAAA